AUGCAGAAGGUAUUAGAGCUACUGGCACGGCCCAAGGGCCAGCCAACUCGACGGAGUGCAACGGCCAAAGCUGCCCAGUCUUAUCUAUCCGGGCUCUCUUCAGCUAGUAGAGAAGUGGAGGAGGUAUCGCUAGCUCACGUUAUCAAAAAAUUUACAGAGGGAGGAGGCGAGAAGAAAAUUGGAAUCUCGUGGUCAGAUUGGACUCCACCCCUGUCAAAAGUGAAUCAACCGGGCUUGUCUAAGAAUGUUAGGAAUAGGGAAGCGGGGACCGAUGAAUCUCGCUUCACACCGGUGGUAGCGCCCGCAGACCUACCCCCUUUCGAGGAAGAUAUGAAUUUUGAAGAGUGGCUCUUAACUGCCAAAUUCAACCUUCCUCUCUACCCCCGUUAUCAAAGAAUACCUCCUAUCCUUCGCGCCCUCCCUCAUGAUUUAUUCGUGGCCGCAGUCGGACCCAGCAUCACCCGCGAUACGGACGUUGACCAAUGCUGUGAUACAUUGGCUCAACUGGUCACUGAUCGUGAGGAGCAAACCCUGGCUAGGGACUUCUUUCAGCGUUUUCAAAAAGCUGAUGAGACCGACGAAGAGUACGCCAGGAACCUCCAACUCCUGGCGGAACGUGCGUUCCGCGGCUGCCCCCGAAACAAGAUCGCCAAUCGGAAGCUCUACGAAGCAAAGACUAAUUCACUCUACCAAUUGGUCAAGCUCGCAACCAGGAAGCGGCAGGAACUCCGGGGGCCCCCGACUUUCCGGAAACCGCGAAACUGGUCAAAUGCAGCAUCCUUGUACGGUGCUUCUCCGUGCUAUACUCCUAGACCGGAAGGAACCUUUUCCACUCACGAAGCCACCGCGGCCAACACAGAUACCCCUUCACCAAAAGACGACUCAGAUGACAUCUGCAAUGCCCUUUUUGAAGCUGCAGCCAUUUCCAUGAGCAAUCUGGAUGACCUUUGUGCACAGCUGACUCACAUUUCCAACUACGAGAGAAAAAAACUUCGUCAGCUCCUACUUAAGUAUGCGAACAUCUUCUCAUGGCAAGAGUGGUCGAAACUCUCUCUGGAGGAUGAGAUUUUAUGGUACCAAGAAGAUGUUCACUGUCCUAAGCGUCUAGUGGCUCCUGGAUCACUGGUACAAACAGUUCUGCAAGAGUUACACGAGCAACUUGGUUACGUGGGUGAAAAGAAGAUGUUAGACUCCUCAAAUGUGCGAGAUUUCUGCCGAACCUGCACCACUUGCAGUGGUUUUAAAAACCCCCAACCCACAGCAAGUGCACCUUUACAACCCAUGCCUACCGGUUUCCCAGGGGAAAGAAGAGGAAACCGGUAUAUUUUGGUUAUGGUCGAUUACUUCACGAAAGCGGCCGAGACUGAACCUAUGAAGUCACAAGACGCUGAAACGGUUGCUUCAGUUUUUUUCAAUCGGUGGAUUUGCCAGCAUGGAGUGCCCGAAUCCGUUCAUAGCGAUCAAGGCCCUAACUUCGAGAGUCGACUCUUCAUUGGGCUGUGUAAGAUGUGCCGAAUCUCAAAGACACGCACAACACCUGCACAUCCACAAGGCAACGGUCAGGUGGAAAGGACGAAUCGCACCCUAAUCGGACUACUGAAGGCCUUCACUAAAGACGCAUAA